AUGAUCGGGAAGAAGCUCGCCGCUUAUAGUGACCGCCGGGACGAUACAAGACUGCACAUGCAACACCGGGAUCAGCCGCCCUUGGACGGCAAACAGACUUUCGUAGCCGCCUCGUACUUGCCGGCCAACUGCGGUACGACAACCCUGGAUGUGGCGGAUGUGCUUUGCAGCGGAAGCCUGCACUCAUCGCCACCAGGAAGUGAUGAUGUGUCUUCUGCGACGACCGGAAGUAAAACGACGCUCUCGGUGUCCGUGGACGACGCCGGACGACUGGUGUGCGAGGCCGCUGGCCGCUGUCCCGCGGCCGACUGCAGCUGUUGGAUACUGUCCGUGCCGCUGGCCGACGACUGUCACGCGUACAACUGCCGGCUGUCGCUCCUGGCCGCCGGCACCUUGGGGCUGCACACCACCGCCGCCGUGAUGCCCGGACAGCCGCUCAAGAUGUGGUUCCCGCCCGAUCUCCAACUCAUGCUGCACGUGCCGUUUCUCACGCCCGUCAACAUAAGAGACGAGAGAAAGUACGUCUGCCACAAGUGCGGUUACACGUGCGAAAAGCCCAACCCGCUGAAAAUCCACAUGGCGCUGGACUGCGGCAGACGACCGCGCGCCAAACUCUGGUCCAGGCUGGCGGCCGACCACUGCGCGAGCGGCCGGACGAUCGAAGCGUCGUUCCGGUUCAGCCUGACGCCGGCCGAGUCGCGGGCGCCCUUGUCGUCCGGCUCCGCCGACUCGGCGUUCCGGCCUUACUCGCCCGAGUCGUCGGCCAGCAGUGGCGGCGGUCCUCCAGCGCCCCCGUCGCCACUGCGGCCGCCGCCGCCCGCGCCACCGUCGUCUUCGUCAUCGUCCGACCGAACGCCACUGCAGGACGGACCGCUCCGACAGGUGAUCGGCGGCAGCGACACGGCGUUCUUCGACAGGCGUUGCGCCGAGAUGGAAACCAUCGUCAGCAACCUCGGCCACUCCGAUCAAGGACACCUGUGCAUAUACUGCGGUAAAGUCUACUCCAGGAAGUACGGGCUCAAGAUUCACAUCAGAACUCACACCGGUUUCAAGCCGCUUAAAUGCAAAUAUUGCUUCCGACCGUUCGGCGACCCAAGCAAUUUGAACAAACACGUGCGGUUGCAUGCCGAAGGAGACACUCCUCAUAAGUGCGAUUGUUGCGGGAAAAUCCUGGUGCGCAAGAGAGACCUCGACAGGCACAUGAAGUCAAGGCACGCACAAGUUUUGCAGAAAAACGUGUAUAAAAUGCACGUACCUGUAUGA